UCUGACGGUACGCUCUUCGGAGCAUUGGUCACUUACCGGCCUGCCGACGUGGCGGGGCGGAAGAGGAGCUGCAGCCUGCUGGCACCACACAACAGGAUCAACAUGUCCCUAGCUGACACUGACCCCUCUGCUGACAUCAGCUCUCCCCCUACUGCGCCCAUUCACCCCAACCCUGGAUCCUGUCAGGAUAUCCCAGCAGCCUUUGCACCGCCUCCAGCCUCUCUACAGCCUCCUCUGAUUCCUGAGACUUUUAAUCUCCCGCAGUCCACCGCUGAGGAGACGACCACAGAGGACAUGACCACCGAGACCAACACUUCAGAGGGUCAUGAACAACCCUGGCCUGCUGCUGAGGGUCAGGCGAUCAUAUGUGACCAACCAGAGCCCACCGCUGAGGGUCAGUUGAUCUUAUGUGACCAACCAGUGAGCCUGGAGCCAGACGCAGAGCCUUUAAAGGAGGAUAUGGAGAGCUCCCUUCAGGAGAAAGAAAAAGGUUGGGGAGUUUGGAGUUCAUGGGGAAAAUCUCUUCUUAACAGUGCCACCUCAUCAGUGGGUCAGAGCCUGACCUCAGUUAAAACGAAGGCAGGAGAAGCUCUGCGCCUCCACAGGACCUCAGUAGGAGAGGAGGCGCAAGAAGAGGAGGGUGCGCCUGAGGAACAGAAGAAAGAGGGAGGAGGAGAAGGUGGAGAGACUGAGCUGUCCAUCUCUGCUGAGUCUCCUGUUAGUGCUGCAGCUUCUGGCAGGGGUGUCUUCUCUAGCAUCACACAUGCUAUGCAGAACACAGGUAAGUCAGUGAUCAGCGGAGGUUUGGAUGCUCUGGAGUUCAUUGGAAAGAAGACCAUGACUGUUCUUGCUGAGAGUGACCCAGGAUUCAAAAAGACUAAGACCCUGAUGCAGAAGACGGUGUCAUUGAGUCAGAUGUUAAAGGAAGCCAAAGAAAAAGAGCGGGCCCGCCUGGGAAACCAGCCAAUUAGUGCGCCCACAGCUCACUAUGGUAUUCUGUUUGACGACUACCAGGGCUUGUCACAUCUCGAGGCCCUGGAGAUCCUGUCCAAUGAGAGCGAGGCCAAGGUCCAAUCCUUCCUCUCCUCCCUGGUGGAAGAGGAGCAGGAGGAGGUAAAGAAGGAACUCAUCCUCAUUAAGGAUAUCUUUAUCAAGCAAGAGGAAGGGGAGGGGGAGGAAGAAGAAAAACAGGAAGAAGAAAAAGUAGAAGGAGAAGGAGAACAAGGAGAGACGAAGGAUAACGGUGAUCUAAGUUCCCAAUUACACUGUUCUACCCCCCUAUCGGCUGACGGAGAGGAGUUUUUGAGUGUCCUCACUGAGCUGCUGUUUGAGCUUCAUGUUGCUGCAACGCCAGACAAACUCAACAAGGCUCGGAUGAGGGCUCAUGAUUGGGUGAGCAAGGUGGAACUGCCUGUCACUACGGAGACGGUUGACGGGGAAACGCCGCAGGACCAGCCAGCAGGAGAGGCCUCACCUGGAGAAAACAAAGAGGAAAAGGAGGAGAAGAAGAAAGAUGGAGAAGAGCAUGGAGAAGAGAAGAGCAAUGGGGAGGAGGUGAACGGAGGAAAGGAGGAAAAGAAGGAGAAAGGGAAUGACCCCAGAUCUGUAGAGGCUGUAUACCUGUCAUCAGUCGGCAGUCUUGCAGAAGUGACGGCUCGCAGUAUCGAGCAGCUCCACAAGGUGGCAGAGCUCAUCCUCCACGGCCAGGACCUGGAGAAAUCAGCCAGGGACCAGGCACACAUCCUCACCAGGUUGACAUGUGCCAUGUGUAAGGAGGUGGAGUGUUUGGCCAAGAAGUUCUCUGAUAUGAUGCUUCUUGUUGGGGGCCAAAGGAAAGCAGAGGAGUUGAAUCCACUGGUUAACGACGUGCUUUUAGAGGGCUCCAACAGUACCAACUACAUUGAGAAUGCAUUGCAGCUGCUGCUGCCCGUUCUGCAGAUCUCCCACAUCCAGAGCCAGCUCUGUCGCUCCAAUUCAGAACCAGCAGCGCAGACAUACCACUAACACACACACACACACACUCACCGCAUGCUCACCUGCUCGCCUUAAUGUAACUAUUGUUGUACAGAAAAGUAUAGAGAAUGGAUUAUUUCAGAUUAAGCGCUUUAAUCCACAUCCCGUGCCAUAGCAAAAGGCUAAAGAUGGUUUACGCUUACAUAAUAUCAUUUUGAAGAUAAGGGUUUAACAAAUAGACACUUGUAAAAAAUGACCCACCUGUUUGAUGUUAUUUUGAUUCAUUAUAUAUUUUACUUUGAGGAGACUAACGGUGUGCAGAGCUGAAUAAACUGCGACUCACUAUCUUCAAAAUAUGUUUCUCUGUCGUCUCCAAAAGCUGAACCAAAAUUAACUGACUGUAUUGAAGGGACUCUACGUUAAUGUAUAUUAAGCUUUCUUUGCACUCCUUAUGGAUCUUUGUGAUUUCAAUAUCAAGACCAUUGACUGACACAAAUGACAUGUCUGUUUGGCUGAAAUUUUCUUCGAAUCUGGUUUAAGACAAAAUGCCAGUAUUAGUGAUUAUACAAAAUACAUUUUGCUUGUUUUUUCAAUUGUUUGUGUAUGUUAAAUUAUAUGAAGUACCACUCUUAUUCGGUUUGAUUUGACACAGAAAUCUGAUCUUCAUACUUUAAAUGAGAAAAUAUUAAGUUCUCCUUCUGCGUUAUUUUCUAUACCUUAUUGUUGUACUCAAGAUGUAAUGUAAAUGACUUCAUCUCUAAUUAUGUUUUAACAUUUGCUUUCUUGCCUUUUGAGAGUUAGCUGAGAGGUUUGAAACCACUCUCAUAUUAGUAGGGUGGAAAGAAGAAAAAAGAUUUCCCUAAAAUGUUGUCCUAUGUACUUCUGUUGGUCCAAAUCUGAACAUCUUGAAAAAGACAUUAGCAAAAACAUUUAAUUUAAUCUUAUCCUCCUUGUCCACACGAUUUCUUUCCCUUUUACUUCAAAUGUAAAGUUUAGCCAUUCCAAGGUGCUCACAUUGAAUCUAUUCUUUAAUAUCCAGUGUUAAAGUGGCUCUAAGCUUACAGCCUUUAGAUUUCUAGAAGAAAUAAAGUACUUUUCUCUCCUCCCCUCCUUUUCUUCUGCUUCUUCCCUUUUAGAGAUGCAUUGCAGGUACAAAAGACAUUAAGCAAAAAAUUGACUGUCAUAAUGUUUUAACUCUUUUCAGUUUUACCCUGACGAGAUAAGGCCGUUCAACACCAAUGCUUCUGUCUUAGAAUACAAAAUGAUUUGUAAUGUGAAAAAUGUUUGGGAAACAAGUCAUUUAUUUAAGUUUGGAGAGUUUAAUAAUAUUAAUAUUCCCUUCUAAUAAAGUGCCAUUAGACUGACAAAAAUAAACGUUAACGUCAA